AUGGACGCGAUACGGAAGCAGCUCGACGCGCUGAUGGGGGCCAACAGGAACGGCGACGUGGAGGAGACGAACAAGAAUUACUACGACCGGGAUGUUUGUCGCGCGUUCCUCUGUGGCCUGUGCCCGCACGACCUGUUCACUUUAACGAAAAUGGAUCUUGGACCCUGCUCCAGGGAGCACUCACUCCGUCUUCGAAAAGAAUACGAGGAGGCGAAGGCGAAGGGACUGGUGGACUAUGAGCGAGAGCUGGAGGGCAUUCUGGAGAAGCUGAUCGUGGAGUGCGAUCGCAAGAUCCAACGGUCCUUCAAGCGCCUGGAGGACGAGGAGGGCGCGGCUGCUCUGAACGCCGUUAAAGUGUCCGAAGUCACUGAUUCAUCGGAAUCGAUAGAGCUGACAAAGAAGAUCUAUCAGAAAAUGGCGGAGGUAGAUCAGCUGGAGAUGGAGAACAGGAUGGACGACAAGAUUCGGGCCACGGAGGAACUGGAGAAGCUCAAGCAGGAGCGAGCGGACAAGCAGGCCGCAUCCAUUCUCGACGCGUUCAACAAGGAUCGCCUCUCCGGCCCCCCAGCCCCUGGAGGGCCGGCGGUGGCAGCACCGGUGCUGAGCCAGCCGGACAGCAAGACGCAGGAAAUGAUUAAGGAGAAGCUAAGGCGCGCGGAGCAAGCCGGAGAGGAGGGGCGGGUGGACGAGGCUCAGAAGCUCAUGGAGGAGGCAGAUGCGCUUAAGAAGCUCGCCAUGGCUCCAAAGCCAGACCCCAUUGCAAGCCUCGGCUUUCAGAUCGCGGAUCAGAAGCUCCGGGUGUGCGACAUCUGUGGGGCAUUCCUGAGUAUCUUUGACAGCGACAGGCGGCUGGCUGACCACUUUGGAGGGAAGUUGCAUCUGGGCUAUCUCUUUAUCCGCGACAAGAUCAACGACAUUCGAGAGAAGAGGAGAAAGAAGGAUGAGUUGCGAAUUGAUUGUCUCAUGCUUCUCCUCAUGCUUCCCCUCAUGCUUCUCCUCAUGCUUCCCCUCAUGCUCCUCCUCAUGCUUCCCCUCAUGCUUCCCCUCAUGCUUCCCCUCAUGCUCCUCCUCAUGCUCCUCCGCCUUUUCCUCAUGCUUCCCUCCCCCAGGCCCCGGGACCGGCGUGGAAGGGACUAUGACCGCGACCGGCGGCACCGGUCUCGCUCUCGCUCGCGAUCCCGCUCUCGCGACCGCCACUCCAGGCGCUCAGACCGCUACUGA